AUGGCUGUAGGUGACUAUGAGGAAAUUCUCAAGUACUAUGAGUUACGUGAAACAAUUGGAACAGGUGGGUUUGCAAAGGUAAAACUUGCCCGACAUCUUCUCACUGGUGAAAAAGUUGCAAUAAAAAUCAUGGACAAACUUGCUCUAGGGGAUGACUUGCCUCGUGUUAAAAUAGAAAUUGAUGCCAUGAAGAACUUAAGUCACCAGCAUAUUUGCCGGUUGUAUCAUGUGAUAGAGACGUCCAGGAAAAUUUUCAUGGUCUUAGAGUACUGUCCCGGAGGAGAGCUGUUUGAUUACAUUAUUUCUAAGGACCGCCUUUCAGAAGAGGAAGCUCGUGUAUUUUUUCGGCAGAUUGUUUCAGCAAUUGCCUAUGUUCACAGUCAGGGAUAUGCCCACAGGGAUCUUAAACCAGAAAAUCUGCUGAUUGAUGAGGACCAUAAUCUGAAGCUGAUAGACUUUGGACUUUGUGCAAAGCCAAAGGGUGGCCUCGAUUACCAUCUGAACACAUGCUGCGGAAGCCCAGCUUAUGCAGCACCUGAGCUGAUUCAGGGCAAAGCAUAUAUUGGCUCAGAGGCAGAUAUUUGGAGCAUGGGAGUACUGCUGUAUGCUCUGCUCUGUGGCUUUCUCCCGUUUGAUGACGACAAUGUCAUGGCUGUCUACAGGAAGAUAAUGAGAGGAAAAUACAGUAUUCCAAAGUGGCUGUCUCCUAGCAGUACACUACUACUUAACCAAAUGCUGCAGGUGGACCCAAAGAAGCGGAUUACAGUUAAACAUCUAUUAAGUCACCCUUGGCUCAUGCAAGGUUAUUCUGAUGCUGUUCAGUGGCAGAGUAAAUACCCACUGGGACAUCUUGAUGAAGACUGCGUAACAGAGCUUUCUGUGUUUCAUAAACAGAGCAGGGAGAGUAUAUCGGAAUUAAUAUCAGAGUGGAAAUAUGACCAAAUGUCAGCAACAUAUCUCUUGCUUCAAUCCAAGAAGGCUCAUGGCAAGCGUGUUCGCUUAAGGGUUCCAUGUCUAACAGGGCAUGCCAGUACAGCACAAUCAGCAGGCCUCAAG